UUCUUUAGAAUUAAAUUACUAUAUUACUUGCUAAAGUUAAAAAGGAAAUAAAAAGUAAUAAUUAAAUACUAAAUAAUACAUAAACAAUAAUCCCAUAGAGUAGAUAAAAGCGAAAAAAUAUAACUAAACAACACGAGGAAAGAAACGACGCUCUAAAUUAAACAAAGAACACCAUCUACUAAUAAAAAAAAUCAAUACACAGUGCAAAAUAAAGGAACAAAGCUCACUUGAUUUUCUCAAGGAAAUAGAAAAUAGUGUUAAUAAUUAAGAUUGACACUUUCGAGAGUUCCGAUUGUAUAUACACUUAGCAAGGACAUAGAAGAAAAUGUCUUUAGUGCAGUUAGAUGCGGAUGUUGAUCUGAUGAACCAUUUCAGCGAUGACGAUGAGAGAACAGAAAACAAAUCAAACACCCAACAACAGCAGCAAAAAUUAACCACCGAAGUUGAGAUAAAUACAAUUGGUCUCAACAAAAAGAAACGUAGAAAACCAAAGAGUCGCAGCAGCAAGAAACACCAACGCCACCAAUCACAGCAAAACGAACCAAUGCUCUUAUCAUUAAAAGAUGAUGAUGAUGAUGACGACGAGGGACACACUGGUGUUGUGAAAGCUACGCAGAAGAGGGCCGCUAAUGCUUACAAUACUUCAUCAGAGUUCAGCGAAGAGGAUGAUGAAGAUGAUGUUUAUAGUCGAGAUAAUAAAGGAAAGUCAUGCACGGCAGCUAUCAGCAAUGCCACCCAUUCACCGUCUAAAUCUGCGGCAGCGACUGCAGCAGCCAUAGAACAAACCGCAUUAGCUUUCGAUGAACAUGAUUUCUUCAAUACCCGCGAUACCACAACAACAGAGCCCUCAUUUUCAUCACCUCUAGUGCUCAAUGGCCAUGGAACUCAGGCACAAUCAACAAGUGUAAAACAGCCAAAGAACUUAACUCCCACUAAUAUGAAUACUCAUGACUGUAGCAUAAUAACCAUCUCAUCGACAAACUCUCACUCGCUCUCGAAUGGGGGAAGAGCCGAUGCGGAUGAAUACGCCAACAACGACGAGAGCAGUGCAAUUGUAAGCAAAUUAUCAAAUCCAAGUUAUGUUGGUAGUCCAUCGCGUUCUGGCUACACAAAAGGCAGCAGUAGCAAUACACAUUCGCCAGCGUCAAGACAGAAAUAUGCCAUACAAAAUGCUGCCUCUGCUGCUGUUGCACCUCAACAAGUGAGAUUGUUCAGUAGCAAUGUUUUACCACCUCAUCUACGCCAGGAUUCUAUAAAUUCCCAAGAUGACACCGACGAAAUUUGUCUAGUUCCCGACGUAGAUUUUGAAUGUGGAAUAAGUAUAAUGGAUCACAGCGGAAGUGAUAAUCGUGAAUCGCAACCUUUAUUGGGUGGCGGCGGCGGAGGAGGAGGUGGCUCACAUGCUCGUGAUCAUUACGAGGUGGGCUGUAAUACAUUUAUGGAUGAUCCCAGUUUUACCGAAAUUGUUGCUCAAGUCGAAUUUGCCAUUGAACAUGGCGUUAUGCCGGAACGUAUUUAUCAGGGCAGCAGUGGCUCUUAUUUUGUCAAAAAUGCAUCCGGGAAAGUUUUGGCUGUUUUCAAACCUAAGGAUGAGGAGCCCUAUGGGCGCCUGAAUCCGAAAUGGACCAAAUGGAUGCAUAAGCUAUGCUGUCCUUGUUGUUUUGGACGAGCGUGUUUGAUACCAAAUCAAGGGUAUCUAUCUGAAGCUGGAGCCAGUUUAGUGGAUCGUAAACUAAACUUAAAUGUAGUGCCAAAGACCCGAGUGGUAAGAUUAGUAGCGGAAACUUUUAACUAUGCUCGCAUAGAUCGACAAAAAGCCAAACUAAAAAGGCGCAUCAAGGAGCAUUAUCCUUCAGCAAAAUUCAAUCGCAUGAGUUUACCUCUAAAGACUGGUUCAUUUCAAACCUUUGUCGAGGGUUACAAAGAUGCCGAUUACUGGCUGCGGCGUUUCGAGCAGGAACCCCUCUCCGAGGCCUUAACAAAAUCUUUUCAAGUGCAAUUCGAACGUUUGGUGGUAUUAGACUAUAUAAUACGCAACACAGAUCGUGGCAACGACAAUUGGUUGAUCAAAUAUGUCCAACCAAAAAUAACCAAGAAAGUCAAUGGCACCGGUGGCAAAACCUUGGCAUCCAGUUCCUCAUCAUCGAAUGAGGUUAAAACCGAAACGAUUAUUAAUACCGACCCAGUGGAAACGCAAAACAACAAUAACGAACAAACAACAACUAAAAUACCCAUCGCUGUGGGCAGUGGCCAACUCGUUGAUAUUGGUAGCAAUAUCAAUGCGGGUUCUUUACAAAGUAACUCUAGCACCAACAGUUCGAUGUCUGUUUCCUCAAAUGGUUUUGGUGGUGGCGACGUAGCUGUGGCCGAAGAGAAAUCUAUGCGUAAAGCUCACGAAAGAAAUGAAUGGAGUAUGGUGGAUUCGCCUGAAAUUAAAAUAGCCGCCAUUGAUAAUGGCUUGGCUUUUCCCUUCAAACACCCGGACUCAUGGCGCGCGUAUCCAUAUCAUUGGGCCUGGCUGCCACAGGCUAAAGUGCCAUUUAGUGAAGAAAUCAAACAAUUAGUACUGCCACAACUAUCCGAUAUGAAUUUCGUUGAGGAAUUGUGUACGGAUUUGUAUUAUCUGUUUCAACAGGAUAAGGGCUUCGAUAAACGUCUCUUCGAGCGACAAAUGUCGGUGAUGCGAGGACAAAUUCUAAAUUUAACACAGGCAUUAAAAGAUGGCAAAUCACCGGUACAACUGGUACAAAUGCCUGCCGUCGUCAUAGAAAGAUCCAGGGCAUCUCGUGGCUUUUUCUCAUUUACACAGCGCUUCCAAAAUAAAAGCCCCUUCUUUUCCUGGUGCUAACAUUUCUAUACGAACAGCCACAUUUCAAAUAAAAACAUACAUACAUACAAACAAUUUUUUAUAUAUAUUAUCUUUGUAUGUGGAUUAAAUUUCGUUUCGAAAACAAUUCACAUUACCAUAGUCUCUUUUUU